AGCUGCUCUCUCUGGUCUCGGCUCUCACGACCUUGUCGAGAUGAGGGAAGUGCAGUUCAAUGGGGUGAUCAUCGUGGAAGAUACAGGCGUCAGGGCAACAACGCAGUGCAUCAUCGCUCAAGAUCCCCUCCGAGAAGCCCGAUCCAUUUUUGUCACCAUGGCGUUCAGAAGCAGCAAUGGGGCAGGAGGGUCUCAUUCACGUCACCUAUAGCCACUGUUUGCACACCUUCACGCAAGACUCUGCGGUUCCCCGAUCAAGAAGGUGACUAGUUGGCUGCUCUGACUUCUUCCAGUUUGCCUCCUUGUCCUCUUCUCAAGGCUGGUGACCCUAUGUUCGACGAAUUGGCUGCUACCUCAGUUUUUGCAGGUCCCCAUGCCUCUUUAGCCCAGCGACCGGUGCCCAUAUCUGCACCUCCAUCAGACUCCACCACGCCGGCGGCGGACUACUUCGGGAUGUCCUGGGACCAAUCGACUAAUCUGUUCAAGUCAGGUACACCUGCGGGACUACCUCAGCAAGAAGACCAAUGGAAUGAAGAUCUCCCCUCGCAGCGGGAGGCGAUGGACCUGCUGACUCCCGAGGUCGUGGAAGAAAUCCAGAAUUUCACCGAUUUGGCGGCACCUACAAACAACUCAAACCAAGAUGGAAGUCAGGCCGCAGAGUUAGGAAGCAACACUGCUGCUACGAACAUCAACAUUGAGGUACCAAAUUUGAAAGUUUUCGUUGAAUCAGUAGCUGGGUCACCUGUUACUCCCCUAUGUCUAGUGCCCCCAGUUUCCAGUCCCCCUCGCUGUACAGCUUCACAAGGCACAUCACCGUCCCCUCGACGUAGCAAGAGAGUCGCCAACAAAUGCACAAAGGCGCUUCGAGCAACCUCUCACCAAAUCGGUGAUGGAGGUGGUCAACCUGCUGGUCGAGAAGUGGAAUCAUCUCAAGCAGAAGAAAUCAAGGAAGGCGGCUCCUACAGGAGAGACCACGGUUUGAUGAAGAAAGUGCUGUCAGGAAGAAGUUGCCUCGUCUAUCAGGCAAUAGAUUGUAGUCCUAGCUUUCUGUUAGUGAUGGUAUGUGUUGUUAUCGGUGUACCUCCUCUUCUGUUUGGGAGCCCUAGCAUUGUUCAAAUUCAACUUUUCCUUAGUGUAGCAGUCUGGUGUCUGGGGAUUUACCCCAACUGGUUGAUGUUCAACCGAGCUGCAGUAGCUUCCGACAACAGAAGACUUCCUGUCAAUCACAAGGGCUUCAAGUGGACAAAUGGUGAGUCCCAGCGGAGACGAAGAUCGCAACAGAGUAGUGCGCCUUGCUGUCAGCGGUCAACUUUGUCUUGUUUUGUAUCAGCUCGCUAUUCCAUUCAGAAUCCAAGUAGUAUGCUGUGUUAUCCUUAUGGCUCAAUUUAAUUGCAACAUCUUGUGUUGGA